GGCUGGGCAUACAUCACAUGCAUGCGUUGCACUCACAGAUUUGGUUCAUCGAUUGUUUGAUUAGGCCACCACCAUGCGGCGGCGAUCGGAUAUAUCCUCCUAGCUAGCUCACCCUCUCUGCCAGACACAUGCAGCAGCAGCUGCUCAGACUAGCCAGCACACUUAAUGGCGCCGCAGCUGCAUCCUGAUCGCUGCCGCACCUGGGCCUGGCCCUGGCCACGGGCGCCGCUCGGCUCAGUGCUUCUAGCGCUAGCUAUAGUGAGCCUGGGCGGCGGCGGCGGCGAUGCCCUGAGCCUGGACCACUACCGGCAGAGCUGCCCGAGGGCCGAGGCGGCCGUGGCCGCGGCUGUCAGGCAGGCCGUGGCCAAGGACCGCACCGUGCCGGCCGGCCUGCUCCGCCUGCAUUUCCACGACUGCUUCGUCCGGGGGUGCGACGCCUCCGUCCUCAUCGACUCCACGGCCACCAACACGGCGGAGAAGGACGGUCCGCCCAACGCCUCGCUGCACGCCUUCUUCGUCAUCGACAACGCCAAGCAGGCCGUGGAGGCCAUGUGCCCGGGCGUCGUCUCCUGCGCCGACAUCCUCGCGCUCGCCGCCAGGGACGCCGUCGCGCUCUCCGGCGGCCCGUCCUGGUCGCCGCUGCUGGGGCGCGGGGACGGACGGGUGUCGCUGGCCAGCGACACCACCUCGGCGCUGCCGGGGCCCGGGGCCAGCUUCGACCAGCUCAGGCAGGCGUUCCACGCGCUGGGGAUGUCGGUCAAGGACCUGGUGGUGCUCUCCGGCGGCCACACGCUGGGGUUCGCGCACUGCUCCUCCUUCCAGAGCCGCAUCCACGGCUUCCGGCCCGGCGCCGACGUGGACCCGGCGCUGAACCCGUCCUUCGCGGCCGCGCUGCGCAGGGCGUGCCCGGCCAACAACACGGCCAGGGGCGCCGGGUCGGGGAUGGACCCCACGUCCGCCACCUUCGACAACGCCUACUACCGGAUGCUGCAGAGCGGGCGCGGGCUGCUGUCCUCCGACGAGGUGCUGCUGACGCACCCCAAGACGCGGCGGUUCGUGGCGCUGUACGCGGCGCGGCAGGACGCCUUCUUCAGGGCGUUCGUGAGCUCCAUGCUGAGGAUGAGCGCGCUCAACCAGCCCGGCGAGGUCCGAGCAAACUGCCGGCGACACAACUGAAGCAAGCAAUGGAUCCCCUCGUCGUCCCUCCUCUGUCUCUGCUACAUAACUGUAUCUCGUUCUGAUUAAUUCCGGUACGUAGUAACUGUAUUGUAACUGUGGCCGGCAAUCUACACACACUCUAGUUGAAAAAGGGCCUACAAAAGGGAAUAUCUUGUUUCCUUCAAAUAAUACUUCUACACAUUUUUCACAAGCUUAUAUUUUUCUCAAGAAAGUUUAGAGUAAAAGAGAGGUGGAUGGUUGGUCUAUUGUAAACUACUCCCUCCGUAAAGCAGUGAAUAGACUCUGAUCAUAAAGUGCAA